ACGUCUACCUGCCGUGUCGCACGCCCCCGUAGACUUCUGUACCGCCCUGAGCUGGCCUAGGCGCUUCUAUUCCCGCGAACGUAUUUAAAAACCUGCCCCAGCCUAAACUGUCCAGAAGCUCCCCAUCUUCCUCGCUGCCGCCGGUAGCCGACCCUCUUGAAACUUUUGUCGUGCGCCGCCUCCGUCAUCGCCGCAAAUGCCAAAGGAACACAAGAAGCGCGGCCGCCGCGAGGACCAGAAGAAGCGCAAGCGGGACCACGACGACGAAUCUGCCUCGAAACGCUUUAGAAAAGAUGAUAUUGAGCAUGUACAGGCCGAAAAUCCGCUGCAACAUGUCGCCAACGAUGCUCCCCGCCAAGAUGCUGCGCCUUUCUACGGUAUGCUCGACGAGCAAGAGCAGGAGUACUUCAAAAAGGCCGACGAGAUGCUUGAACUGAACCAGUUUGAGAGCCCAGAGGACCGCCGAAUCUUCCUUGCCAGUGUGUGGAAGGAAGCAGAGGGCAAGGAACUCAAAAUGGCCACCAGCCAGACAUCCCGCUUACUCGAGCGGCUGAUUCUACUAGCCUCAGAAGAUCAGCUGAAGAGCCUAUUCCAAAAGUUCAGUGGACACUUCCUCAACCUCGUCCAGAACCGCUUCGCCUCGCACUGCUGUGAGACCCUCUUCAUACAAGCCGCUCCCGCCGUCAGCCAAGAAAAUGCUAGUGUCAAGACCGAAGCGCUGAACACCCCGCCAGCUUCUGACCCCGAUGAGAUCAUCGUGUCCAUGGAAAACCUGUUUCUAUACACACUGGGCGAGCUUGAGGGCAACAUUGGCUUUUUGAUGACGGAAAAGUAUGCAUCCCAUGUCCUCCGUGUAUUGCUGGUAAUCUUGUCUGGCGAGCCGCUAGAGAAGCAGGGUAAGUCAGUCACUCAGAGCAAGAAAAAGGAAAAAGUCACCAUUUCCGGCGCAGGAGAUGAGCGCAUCCUGGAGAAGCGAGUCGUCCCGGAAUCCUUCCUCGAAGCUCUAGAAAAGGUCAUCAGCGACAGUGUUUCCGGCAUAGAAGCCCACUACCUCCGUUCCCUCGCCAUACACCCACUUGGUGGCCCAACGCUGCAAUUGCUGCUCAAGCUUGAGUUGUCGCAUUUCGGCAAGUCUCGGGCCAAAGACGAAAAGUCAAUCAUCCACCGAUUGCUGCCCGACAACCCCAUCGCCGAAGGAACAGAGAGUGCCAUUCUCAUCAACGGGCUCGUUUACGACUCUGUAGGCUCCCAUCUUCUGGAAACCAUCAUCGAGCACGCCCCCGGAAAGCUCUUCAAGCAAAUCUAUGGGGAAUUCUUCAAGGAGCGCAUGGGCAGCCUGGCACGCAACGAGAUUGCUGGCUACGUGGUUGGCAAAAUUCUCGAACGACUCGGCAAGGAUGACCUGGAAGAGGCCAUGCGUCAGAUUGUGGACCAGAUUCCUAGUCUGGUAGAACGCAACCGAACUGCGCCUAUCAAGACGCUCAUUGAGAGGUGCGUGGCCCGAGAGGUAGACUGCUCGCCCAUCAAGGCCCAACUUGAGACUGCUUAUGCCGGACCCCACGGAUUCGAGGUCACCCGUAUUCUCAAACUUAACGAAGAUGACGGGAAACCACGUGCUAGGCAUGGCGAGUCGAAUGAAAAGGUGCACGGCUCACUGUUGGCACAAACCAUGAUGACAGUAGACGGACCUCUAGGUCAACUCGUCUUCGACUCUCUCGCCAACCUCUCGCCUGAACUUUCCAUUCAGCUGGCUCGCGAUGGAACAGCAUCACGCACGCUGCAAGCAGCUCUAGUCUCCAGGAAUGCUACAGUCAUCUUCCGUCGAAAGAUGAUUCAGCAAUUCUACGGUAAAAUUGGUGAGCUUGCGCUAGACCCAAAGGCGUCUCACGUUGUAGAUGCUAUAUGGUAUGGCACAGUUGGCCUUGCAUUUAUCCGUGAGCGCAUCGCGGAAGAACUUGCCGAGAACGAAAACUCGUUGCGAGAAUCCCAAGUAGGCCGUAAAGUAUGGAAGAAUUGGCAAAUGGACCUCUACAAACGCAGACGCAACGACUGGGUCGCCCAAGCGCGGACCACUGCCGGCAAUGAGGUCUUCCAGUCUUUCCCUGACGAAAGUCAGAGUGAUGUAGCAGCACCUGCGCGGACCCAUAGAGCCUCGAGACAUAUGAGCGCCAUUGAGCUCGCUCGGCAAAAGUUUGCAGCCGCCAAAGCCGCACAGGCAAAAGACGGAAAGAAGCCCAAAAAGGGAAACAACCCAACGAAUGGAAGCGGUGAGACACCCAGGAGUCUUGUAGCGCAAUAGCAGGUUGAUGCAUGAAAUGUAAGAGAUGUAGUGCGCUUUUGUCAUGGCAAUUUAGAUAUCAGGCAUAGUAAAAACGGCGUUUUACGAGCAGGGGUUCAUGUGGGUAUGGGUUCGUGAUGCGCAAUGUUCAGAUUUGACGCAUUCUAGAUACCUUUUUCGUUCGUUCAGCUGCAUAAUUGUAUCGAAGGAUUUCUGCA